AUGGAUAUAUUUGUAGCCAAACUUGUCAAAUAUGAUACUGAGCUUAAAGAGUUAGUAGAAGAGUACUUAGAGAAUAGUAUUUUCACUAUGGGGGUUUGUAAUCAUACGACGUUGACGUAUUUGACCUUGAAAACCAAUUUGGAAUUUACUGAUACUCAAUAUAAGUUCAUGUUGGGAUUAAAUGAUACUGCUACUCAUCAAUUGAUGUAUCAUGGGAUCCUUGUGCAUAUUAAGAUUGUAGCCAAUGAAUUGUUUAAGUACUUCAAAGUGUCAAAUCUUCUAGAACUCCCUUUGACUAAUAUUAAAGAUAUAGUGUACCAAAUAGGAUUGAAUUUCAAGGAUAUGUUUUUUGUGCCCAUCACCACCACAGUGUACCAGAGUUGGAGUAGUCCUCUGCCGGUGGUGAGAUACAUUUCCCGGUUCAAUGAGAUGUGGAUAAUCACCAGUCUUCUUAAUCGAGAGUAUGGGAGGAUUGGUAAUAGAGGUCAAUAG